GAGCCGAUCGAUCAGUUAGUGAGUUAUGUGCUUUCCGUAUUUGUUAGAUCUUUUCCUCAGCUGGAUCCCAAGAGCUUUAGUUAUGAGUAGCGUUCAUAUGGGAGUGUGUUGCGAUGUUUGCUGCGAGGAGAACAUCCGCGGUCUGCGACAAGCUUGUUUGGUUUGCGAGGAUUACGAUCUGUGUGAAAAGUGCUUCCAGAAUAAACGGUUCAACAAUGAUCACCUUCCCUAUCAUCCGACUCAGCCAAUUCUUCCGUUUGACGAAUUUAUCGAAACUUUACAUCCACUGACGGCUGACGAAAUUCGCGUCUUCCGAUGUCCCUACUGUGGAGACAAGGAAUUUAACAUCAAGGAACUGUUGGAACAUUGCCGGAAGUACCACGAAGCAGGCAGCCAUCGAGUACGCUGUCCGAUUUGCGUCACCUAUGGGAUUAAGAACAAACAGAAUCGUCUUCUGGAAGGGACCUUGGCCAAUCACCUGGUAAAUGAUCACGUAGAGGUUGAAAUUGGUGAACUGGCAUCGGAAAUUAGCCAGUGUCCGAUCUGCAUCGAUGACAUGAACUUAGAUGCGCCAAGUUGCCGGCCCCUGCUGUGUGGCCAUCACUUCCACAUCCGGUGCAUCGUGCGUUGGUUGCGUCGCAGCAUGAACUGUCCAGUGUGUCGAGCGCCGGUCGAACUUCCCUUGGGGUGACAAACUCAGUGUUCAUAGAAGCUAUAAUUCACACUUUUUUUUAAAAAUAAAUUAUUU